CGUAGCGGCGUCGUGCGCGUGCAUUUCCUGCGCGUUCACUGCUGCCGUUCGCUGUACACGACGCUCCGUCGCCGUGUGAGAGCGCUGCUGCUGCCACAGCCGUUCACGUUGACGACGACGACGCCGCCACCGCCACGUUGUGGACGAAGGACGGCCACACGGAUGGACAUCCGCGGUGGACGCGAUAGACGGCCGGGCGACAGGCGUCCGCACAGAGGCCCUCGGGCCCCUAGGCGGCCGCAGUGGUCGCCCGAUCAACAGCAACGUGUAGUGGUCGGCGCUGAAACAGUGGCCGACUCGACGGCCACGGCCUCGACCGCGGGCCCUUACAAACCGCUGCUACCGUCACCACCCAGACUGCUACCGUCACCCCGACUGCCACUAUCACAGUCCUCGCCGCCCCGGUUGCUACAACCACAGACUCCACCGACGCCGAAAUCGCCAUUGGAGGAACAGCCGCAGCCGCAGCCGCAGCCUAGGUUACCGCCGGCGAUUGGAAUACAGCCGCAACAGGAAUGCCGGAUACGAGAAUCUGGUGACGGCGUUGAAGACUGCGGAGCGGCCACCGGAGGAAGCGGCGUGGUCGACGACACCGAACUGCUGGCCAAACUCCGAUGUCCCAGCGAGAGCGCCGAGGUGGUCGCCGAACGGGAGAAGCGACGACAGCGACGACGGUGCCCCGAUUAUCCCGGACUGGCGCUUUCCAGUUCCGUGUUCAGCACGGAAACGGGCAUGAAGUUYAGCAUCAUCAGGAACGAGCUGCACAACGUGCUCAAACCGCAACUGCGACGGGCUGAAAGUGAAGUUGCUGCACUUAACAGGCGUAUCCAAUUGCUGGAAGAGGACCUUGAAAGGUCUGAAGAGCGCUUGGCCACGGCCACUGCUAAGUUGGCCGAGGCAUCUCAAGCUGCUGAUGAGUCUGAACGUGCACGUAAGGUGUUGGAAAACCGCAGUUUGGCCGAUGAAGAACGUAUGGAUGCCUUGGAAAAUCAACUAAAAGAAGCCCGCUUCUUGGCUGAAGAAGCUGAUAAGAAAUAUGAUGAGGUAGCGCGUAAGCUGGCCAUGGUUGAAGCCGACUUGGAAAGAGCCGAAGAACGUGCCGAAUCAGGCGAAUCAAAAAUCGUGGAAUUGGAAGAAGAAUUACGUGUUGUUGGUAACAACUUGAAGUCCCUCGAGGUUUCGGAAGAAAAGGCCACACAAAGGGAAGAAACGUUUGAGGAACAAGUGAAAGGUCUCGGAGCACAGCUCAAAGAGGCUGAAGCUCGCGCUGAAUUCGCCGAGAGAUCGGUGCAGAAAUUGCAGAAGGAAGUCGACAGGCUCGAAGAUGAGUUGGUUGCCGAAAAGGAGAGAUUCAGAGACAUUGGCGACAGCUUGGACCUUGCGUUUGUCGACUUGUAUGGCAUCUAAACACAAAAAAUACACAAACACACACACUCCUUCUUUCCCGACACAUACGAUUUCACUAAAUUUUAUCCAUAUCCGUCGUCUCUGUCUCCGACCAUACUCCAGCUCUACCGAAUACCACACACUACAUUCCCACAAAACACAAAACGAAACAAUAAAAUAUAAUUUUAAUAAUACAGUGCUACUAACACCGUGUCCACACGUUAAACUUUUCGACACAAAACUUGUAACUUUAGUUUAUUUUAGUGAAUUACCUAAAUUUUAUUUUAUUUAUUUAUUUUAUUUUAUUUUUUUUUUGUUUUGCAAUGUAUUGUAUUUCAUAGCUUACUGAUUUUAUGAUAUUAUUUUGGCUUUGUUUUUACGCUUGUAGAAAAAUUUUACGGAACGCCGUAAGUGUGACCCUUCGACUACCCCGAAAUGAAUAAUAAAAAAAAAAUUGUAUCUAUUAUUUCUAUGAUAUCUUUUUUUUCCACUGGAAAGAAAUCGUAUAACGUCUAUUGACACUUUGUACCGGCCGUAGCGUUACGCGUACUAAAAAUGUUUUUUUUUUGUUCUUCGGAAAACACGUCUGUUGAAUAUAAUUAAUUUUUAUCCAACCGUUAUUAUUAUUUAUAUAUACGCUUAGUUUUUAUUUAUAUAACAUAAAAAUAAAACCAUAACCUAACUUUUGUCUAACUGUAUAUGUCUAUUAAAAAAAAAUAUGUAUUUUUUGUGAUUUAUAUAGAGCUUUGUAUUGUUUUCGUUAUUAGUCAAAUAACCAAUGAAAAAAAUAUAAAUG